AUGUCUGAAGUACCGUCUCGGCCUGCGCGAGGCAGGAGCGCCGUCCGCGGCGGCGCCAGAGGCUCACACGCUGCCCGAGGCCCAAGAAAGCCAAAUGGCGACAGCGCGUCGUCCCCCAUUGACACAUCGGCCGACCAAGGUGAACUUGGCGAGCUGAAGAAGCGUUACCAGUCACAACUCUCGACACUCAAAGAGCUUUUCCCUGAUUGGACCGACGCGGAGCUGGUGCUCGCAAUCGAAGACUCCAACGGCGACCUGGAAACCACCAUUGAUAAGAUCAGUGAGGGUGCCGUCUCCCAAUUCGCUGAAGUCCCAAAGAAAGCAAAGGACCGGUCCCGUUCCAAGGCAAAGGAGAAUACUGCUCCUCCAGAGGGUGUGUCUAGUCUGCGUGGUAGCCGCGGCGACGGACCCCGCCGUGGCGGUGAUAGCGUUCGAGGCGGACGUGGACGUGGCACUGAUCGCGGCCGCGGUGGGCUUCGAGGUGGCCGUGGAGGAGCCACCAGUGGACCGCGUGCUGUUACCGGCUCGGUUCCAACGACCGAGUCACCUGCAUGGGAUGUGCCUCCAGUUGCGGAGGAGCCCAAAGAGAACGGACAAGCUGCAGAGCCGACCACGAUUGCUGAAAAGGUCACAGAGCCUGUGGCCGCAGUGGCAGCCGCCGCGAAGAAGACGUGGGCCAGCAUGUUUGCUGCGCCGAAGCCCCCGCCCGUCGUGCCUAAAGCUGCCGCAAAGGCUGCUCCAUCUCAUGAAGAGCCCACGCCCGUGCACGGCGAGACACCCGCACACGACGUUGCUCAGGAGCCUGCAGUGCAUAGCGAAGGAUUGCCCAUACCACCCACUGCAGACGCAGAGGUCGGGGAGCCGCCCAUCGCAAUCGAGAACACGUCCCAAUUGCCGCCAGAUAAGACGGACGGCGGACUUGGCCCUGAAGUUACUCUGACGCCCUCGAAAGACGAACUUACAAAGGAGAAUGUCGAGCACCUGCCCGACGAAUCGCACCCGCCACCGACAGAGACCAUGUUCAGCACCGUGGCCAGCUCAAAGGAUAUUGGAAGUACUGUUGUGACCCCAUUGAACGGCCCAGCGCAGGCGCCCAUUGGCCGUCCCGGCAUUGGAGGAUACGCAACGUCGGCACUGAAGGCGACUUCUGGAACCCCACACCGCAGCGCAAGCUUCCAGAGGAGAAUUGCCGAACAGCAUGAGGCAGUGGUCAUGCCUGGAAACCAUGCCGUGGACAGGGCUGCAGUCCAAUUUGGCAGCUUGGGCUUGGGCGAUACGUCCGAUCUGGAUGUGGACGAGGACAGGGAGCAGGCCGAGACUAGGACCCAACCCCCUCAACACUCCCCCGUUGCGCAGCCCAGGGCGUCUUUACCCCCUGCUCCUCGCCAGGCUCCUCAGUCAGAGUCUCAGCAACCAGAGUCGCAUUCCACACCGAAGCAAGCCCCUGGAUUGCCUCCUGCACCACAGCAGCAACCGCUCUCGCAGCAAUCGCCUUCCAACCCGCUUGCUUCUCAGGCUAUGCAAAACCAAGGAUCUCAGUCCAACCAGCCUUACAACCAGUUCGGCCGUUACGGCCAAACAGGUAUCCAAUCAGAAGCGUCUGCGCCUCCCCAGAAGCCGUACGAUCCCUUCGGCCAGCAGAUCCCACAGUCGAACCAAUACGACUACCCUGGACAACAGAGUCAGGCACCGUCACAGCCUGGCGCCUUCUCCUCUGCACCCGAUAACUACGCCUCCCAGUAUCUCACAGCUGAACAGCGCUCGCAGUACCAGAACUACUAUGGGAGCUAUGGCCAGCAAAAUGCUCAAACCCAGCAGGAAGCUGGUUCGGCUCAGCAGCGUACCGGCAGCGCUUUUGGCUCCGGUCCUAAUGACUCGACUUACUCCCAGAGUCAGCAACAACAACAGUCUCAGAGCCGAUACAACGACGCUCAAAACAGCGGACACAACACACCCAACCCUGCAUUGGGCGGACAACAGGGACCUCCUUCGCAAAACCAGCAUAUGCAGCAGCAGCAGCAGCAAGGCCAGCAGGGACAUGCUGGAGGCUACCCUUACAAUCACCCGUACUAUGGUAGCCCCUAUUAUGCCAACUACAUGAAUCAAUUCGGUGGUUAUGGCCAGGGAGGAGGCUAUGGCUCGUUCGGCAAGGGUAUGUACGGACAGCCUCAGCACUACGGAAUGUCGCCGCAAGCUUCUUUCGAGCAGCACUCAGCCUCCCCCGCUAACGCGGGAGGCUUCGGCGCAUCGUCCUUGCAUGAGCGCGGCAGUGGCAUGGGUGGAGGAUUCGGCGACUACGGUCGAUCUGCAUCGGGAACAUCCCAGAAUCCUAGCGCGACAGCCGCUUCUGGUGGAUUUGGCGGCCUACCUGAUACAUUCAGUCGGCCCCAAGGCUAUUCGAGCCAAAGCUCGUACGGACAGCAGCAAGGUGGUCAACAGGGACUGAACGAAGACUCCUUGAAGCCUUUUGCCGAUUCAAAGACUGGUGGGCCCAGCCCGUCUGCUCUCGGAGCUCAGCCCGGCCGCCCUGGUUCUGCCACACAGAAUACUCCUGGCCAGAGCGGACAAGGCGGUCUUCCCCAGCAUUCGCAGCAGCAAGGCUUUGGCGGCUAUCCAGGUCACCUCAGCGGCAACAACCAGUACGGAGGACUCGGUGGACUAGGUCACCAGAACUCUGCAGGCCACCAGCAGCAGCAACAGCAGCAGCAGAGUGGCUAUGGCAACUAUGGUGGCUUUGGAGGCUAUGGCGGUGGCAGCUACAACCGCGGUGGGUGGGGCGGGAACUAUGGGCAGCACUAA